AUGGAAGCAAUUACACAACUCAAAAAAUUUAUGUAAGUCCUUUCUUAUUAUACAUAUAAGUGGUCAUCAUUUUAAUGUGAAGAGCUUUCAUAGGUAUAUGAUUAACAAUGACAUCUCAGAUAUCGAAACAUUGAUCAAAUUUUGUUAAUUGGAUAAUACAGGAUAGAGAUUUAAUUUAUGGAGAUUGUUUUUUAAGUAAUAUGUGGAUUCUACAUAGCAUUUACACCAUAGAAGAUACAGUAUUUGAGAAAAUAGGUAAGUUAUCCAAAACAAGAGAAACCUAUAAAUAAUUGGAGCAAAAGUAUUCAAGAUCUUAAGAAGUGUCAUCCACUACAAAGAUUGAGGAUUAACCUAAAAAAGGUCCUUUAGGAGGUCCAUUAGGGGGUCCUUUAGGUGGCCCAUUAGGAGGAGGAUCUAAAAUAAAGACAGCCACUCAAAAUCCAAUGGAAGAUGCUGAACUAAGAAAUGAAAUAAGAAAGGAUGUUGAAAGGACAUAUCAAGAGAUUUAAUUUUUUGCUAAUAAAAAAGUGUUGCAGAUACUUACUAGUAUAUUGUUUAUAUGGAGCAAAGAAAAUAGUGAAAUUUCAUAUAGACAAGGGAUGAAUGAGGUAGCUGCCUCCUUAAUUCAUGUAUACUUUCAAGAAGCUCUUUAUUAAGAUGAAAUUGAUAAAAUACAAGGAGUAUACAUUAUUAUAUGAUGAAGGCAUCAGAGGACGACAAGCAAAUCUUAUUACAAUUUAAUUCAUGGGAGCAUGCUGAGGCUGACAUCUACACACUCUUUUAGAAAUUGAUGAAUGAUGCUUAACACAUGGAAAUGUUCAGACCAAACUAUACAGAAGCAUAAAAGAUUAAAUUAUAAAGUAAAAAGCCAAGUGCAAUCUUAACAAGAGUCUCUAAAAUUUAAGAUAUCCUCUUAAAACAAGUGGAAAUGCCAAUGUUUAGACAUCUCAAAUUAUUACAAGUGGAAUUCCAAAUAUUUUUAUUAAAGUGGAUAAGGUAUUAAAUAUAAUAAAUUAAAUAGAUGUAUGUUUACUAGAGAAUUACAUUUAAUGGAAUCUUUUAAAGCAUGGGAUGCAAUCUUCUAUGAUUUUUAUGAAUAAAAAACAGAGACAUUAUUUUUUGUUGAUUGCAUAGCAAUAGCAAUGAUAUUGUAUGUUAAAUAGCCAAGUAUUUGUUAUUAUUUAAUGAUAGUAAUGGAAAUGGAAGAUUCCAGUUAAUGUUAUCAAAGAUUCCUCAAAUACCCACCAGUUUCUAAUUUGUCAGCUCUACUUGAGUCUGCUAUCAAUGUCAGAGCCAUUUUAUUGAAUUAAAAAUCUGCCACUACUUUAGAUGAAUAAAAUGAGUCCAAUCAACCAGCCAUUUAUUCAGAUAAACAAUUCAAUCCUGUUUUUUUUGCAUAGCCUACUGACAAAAUUGAAGGAAUGGAUGCUAAGGUUGUGAAGAUUACUUCUGAAAAACCUUAGUUUAGAAUGAAAGGUGAUGUAGAUUUAGUCUACAAAGAUGAAACCUCUCCAGAUAAAUCAAAUCAAAAUUAGCAAUAAUUUAUUAAUCCCUUACAACCGAAAUCAGUACCUCAAUAAUAAAAGCCAUAAUAGUAUUAAGCUUAAUAACAAAUACAAUAGUCAUAGUCGACUUCUUAAGUUACUCAAAGCAGCAAUUAAUCAUCAAUUACAACAAACUUUUUUGAUUCUAGUUUAUCAAGUACAAACACUAAAACCAUCAAAACCUAAUUUUAAGUAGAGGAGCAAUCAUAACAAGUAAAAAAAGCUUAAACCCCAUUGAAAAAUUCUAUUUAGAUUCCUAUUCAAUAGGCUGAAGAGAUGUUUGGCACUUUGGAAGAAACCCUAAAGUUCAUGAAAUCAUUUAAAGAUCAGUACUAUUAAAUCACUAUUAUAGUUCAAACUAUUAGGAUCUCUUAAUGAAUUUGACAGAAAUGAAAGAUUAUUUUGAAUCUUAGAUUAAGUAAAAUUGUAAAUUAAUUAAUUAGUGAAAAUUCUUAACCAGAAAAGUAAUAAAAUCAAUAAGAUGAUAAUAGUAUAUCUAGCAAAGUGAUAAGCUUCCUAAAGAAAAAACCAUGA